AUGGCCCCCUCACAAUCCCAUUCUAGUCCUGGAACACUGGACUCUUUCCGCCAUCGUAGUACCCACGAACUGCUCCUUAGUAAGGAAAAAAAAGAAUCAAAAACAUACAGCACCGGGGAUUCGCUGGUCGUCACCGACCCAGCUACUAAUCCGGCCCUUAGGAGCUUGACUCGGGGAGAGCGGACGGGAUCCCGUGUUUUCUCGUAG